GGUGGUCAUUUGCACAGCGUCAAGUCACUGUUCAAGAAGGGCCUCUAUACCGCACAGAAAAUUCUCACAUCACCAUUUGGUGCAAGGUCAGCGGUUAUCAAGGACCAUCACAACAGAAUUUUCAGUGGUCCAUAUAUCUUCCAUCUUCUCCAGAAAGGGAAGUACAGAUUGUCAGCACCAUGGACCCAUCCUUCCCUUAUGCAAUCUAUACUCAACGUGUUAGGAGUGGAGAAAUCUAUGUGGAGAGAGUUGAAGGGGAUUAUGUUCUGCUGCACAUAAGACAGCUCCAAGACAGGGAUGCUGGCGAGUAUGAAUGUCAUACUCCAACCACUGAUGAAAGAUAUUUUGGAAGCUACAGUGCCAAGAUGAAGCUAAUUGUUAUUCCUGACUCCCUACGAGUAACUUCAGAAACCCAGACUCUAAAGAAAGUACAACAUGAUUCUCUGGAGCUAAAGUGUGAGAUUACCAAGAAUACUGAACAGCACAGCCACAUUUCCAUUGCCUGGUAUCGUCAGAAAGCAGAUGAGCCUCUUGUGGAAGUUAUUUCUCUCAGUAAAGAUUUUGUACUGCGUGCGGGAAGUGAAUACAUCCAGCGCCAUGCAAGUGGAGAUGUCCGUCUUGAUAAAGUAGGCGAGACUGAAUCUAAGCUUACUAUCUACAAUCUUCAGUCCUCUGAUGAAGGCGAGUUUUAUUGUGAGGCAGCCGAAUGGAUUCAGGAUCCUGAUGGCACUUGGUACGCUGUGACACGCAAGCAGUCGGAGAGCACUAUGGUCUAUGUGGAAGGAACAGAUAUGGAUAUCAACGUUCGACUAGAAACAGAGAAGCGGACAUACAUAGUGGGGGAACCUGUGGAAUUCAGAUGCAUUUUGGAAGUACAAAAUGUUGCAAAGAGGUAUUUCUCCAUCUCUUGGGCCUUCAAUAGUUCUCUCAUUGCUACUUUUGCUGCUAAUGCUGUGCCAGUUCUUAACAAUGAAUUUGCCCAGAGAGAAGCCUUGGGACAACUGAAAGUGGCCAAAGAGAGUGACAGCAUUUAUAUCCUAAAAAUCUACCGACUCCGAUUGGAAGACAGCGGCAAAUAUAACUGUCGAGUGACAGAGCGAUUGAAGACGACAACUGGUGAAUUUAUUGAUGGAGAAAGCAAACGGCCAAAGAACACACCUAUUACAGUGCUGCCCCUUAAAACCAAUAUUUCAAUAGAAGUAUCCAACAAUGCCACAAACGUUCUAGAAGGGGAGAGUCUGAGAUUUGGUUGCACUGUUCGCACUGGGUUUAGACCCCAAAACCGAUUAUCUGUCACUUGGCAACUUGUGGAUAAGCAGAACCGUCGCAGUGACAUUAUACAACUUGACCGGGAUGGAACCCUUCGUCCUGGUCCCUCUUAUGUCGAGCGCAGUAGCUAUGGGGGGAUCCAAAUGGAGCAGAUACGGCCUGGAUCCUUCACGCUUGAGAUCUUUAACAGCAUCAAGGCAGAUGAGGGCCAUUAUGAGUGUCGUAUUACAGAAUGGACACGUAGGCUGGAUGGGGAGUGGCAGAUGAUUGGAGAGCGACAUAAUGGCUCAGCAGUAGCUAUCACUGCACUAGAUGCUGGUUUUGCAGUUACAGCCAUCUCCCGCACACCUGGAGUGACCUAUAAUGAAUCAUUUGACUUACAAUGCAUUAUCAAGCCACACUAUCCUUCCUGGGUGCCAGUUUCGGUGACUUGGCGUUUUCAACCAGCUGGCAGCACCGAAUUUCAUGAUUUGGUCACUUUUACUCGUGAUGGAGGAGUUCAAUGGGGCGAUAGAUAUGUUGGAUUCCGAACCCGAACAGCCAUUGAAAAAGCAGAGUCCAGCAACAAUGUACGCCUGAGCAUCAGCAGGGCCAGUGACACAGAAGCAGGCAAAUACCAGUGUGUGGCCGAGCUGUGGCGCAAGAACUACAAUAGCAGCUGGACCCGAUUGGCAGAUAGAACUUCCAAUCUGUUGGAGAUCAGAGUCUUACGACCUAUAACAAAGCUACAGGUCAGCAAAUCAAAGCGGAGUAUAGUUCUUGUGGCAAAUAAGCCUAUCCCUCUUAAUUGCUCUGUCAAGUCUCAAACCAGCCCAGAUUCACAUUUUGCAGUCCUAUGGUAUGUUCAUAAACCUUCAGAUACAGAUGGGAAGCUCAUUCUGAAGACCACUCACAGCUCUGUAUUUGAGUAUGGCACUUACGCGGAAGAAGAAGGGCUAAAGGAAAGACUGCAAUUUGAGAGGUCACUCUCAGGAGGGCUCUUCAGUCUGACAGUGCAGAGGGCACAGGUCAGUGACAGCGGUAGCUACUAUUGCCAUGUGGAAGAAUGGCUGCUCAAUCCUAACCAUGCCUGGUAUAAAUUGGCAGAGGAGGUUUCUGGCCGGACGGAAGUCACUGUCAAGUUACCAGAUAAUCUGUUGGAAGUCAACAAGAGCCAAAAGAACCUAACCAUUUUAGAAAACGAUUGGGUAACACUAGAGUGUCUAGUUACUAACCGGAGCAGUCAAGCUUCCCAGUUGUCUGUGGAAUGGUAUGUGUGGAAAUCUGGUGACCCAGAGAAAGCAGCAGUUAUAAAGCUGACAAGGCAGGCCACUCUUUUAUAUGGAGAGUUAGCAACUCUAAAUGGUUUGAAGAGCAGGCUGCACCUGGAAAGUCCUUUGCCAGGCCUGUAUCUUCUUACUAUCCAGAACAUGACACUGCAGGACAGUGGGACCUAUGAUUGUCGAGUGGAGGAGUGGCUGCUGAAUCCUACGAAUACCUGGUACAAACGAGCAGAAGAUCUGUCUGGACUGACAACAGUUUUGGUGAAGAAGCCAGAUGCCUCACUGCAAGUGGAUGCAACAGUAGCCAACCUCACAGUGCCAGAACAGGACCAUUUCCAUUUGGAUUGCAACAUUUUGUCAGCUACCAGUCAGGAUUCCCGUUUUGCUGUGACAUGGUUCAUCGUGAAAAAUAAAGUCAGAAGUGGACAAACUGGUCACAAGAACGAAGAAGAUAAAGAGGCCUUGUUAAGAGUAGGCCAGGAUUUCGUCUUCAGCCGAGAGGCCAGUCCUUGGGAAGGGAGGCUACAUUUUCAAAGACUUUCAGCCAUGUUUUAUCGACUGACUGUGUUGCAGGCAGCUACUUCUGAUGCUGGCAAUUACUCAUGCCAUGUGGAAGAGUGGCUACCUGACCCCAAGGGAGCCUGGUACAAACUUACAGAAGAAGAUUCUGGUCUUAUAACUGUUUAUGUGCAAGAUACAGGUUCCUCUCUGCAAUCUGUUAUCUGCACCAAUGACUCUCUGUUCUACUUCGUAUUUUUUUAUCCCUUUCCCAUUUUUGGCAUUCUCAUCAUCACCAUUCUGCUGGUGCGAUUCAAAAGCCGAAAUUCCAGCAAGAAUUCCGAAGGAAAGAACGGGGUCCCCUUGUUAUGGAUCAAAGAGCCACACCUAAACUAUUCCCCCACUUGUCUGGAGCCUCCUGUUCUCAGCAUUCAUCCAGGAACUAUAGAUUAAAUGGCAGAGUCCUAAGAGAGGUAAAGCUGCAUCUGAAACCCAAAGGAGGUCUAUUUUGUUGAAUUUUUAUUCACCAUCUGAACUUUUUGGAUACCAGCUUACCUCUGCUACACUUUUCUGUCAUCUUUGGGGCUAGAGGAACCUGAACACCCCAGAAUGCCUAUGAAGAACCAGCCAACUGCGAAGGGGGAUGGAAUGUCCAUUUGUUCACUGUAUAUAAUGAAUUUUCAUACUGUUUCCUUUUCAUCCAGUGUCAUCAUUUGUCUUCUGGGCUGUAAUUCUGUUGCUCAAAUAUGUAUUCUUGUAUUACGCAGAGGACAGACUCCAGAAUGUAUUGAUUAAGUUGGGCUCUGGUUGUGCCAAAGUGGGGCACUUUAUUUUGAGUAAGCUUUUUUUUUAUCAAAUGGGCUCGUUUCAGCAGCUACACGUCCUUGGAGUGGACCAGAAAAACUGCAUAUUGCUUUUGCGAAAUGAACCUAGGAUCACUCCAUACUGCAUAUUACGUGGCAUUGUUUCUGCCACAUCGGUCUGGAUGUUUCUUACUAUUGAGGACUGAAAAUGCAUAUGGGGGAGGGAGAGUAGCUUUGUUUUUAGCUUCAAAAAGAAAUUACAGUCCCUCAAAGGAAAGCUUUGACUUCCCCAAGGACAAUUGCCUGUCUAAUUCUAAUGACCAAAAAGGCUCUGGUUUAAAUAUCCUCCACUAUCACACUUAGAGAUUGCAGCAGAAAAAA